CCAAGCUGGAACGUUUAGUCCCACCCGAGCCACGCACCUCGUAGAUUGUCGACGCGUCGGGAUACCGAAGUAAUCUCACACCAUCCCAUAAGAAAGGGCCACUAUGCUCAGAACUAUCUAAGGAGGGCCAAAUCCAACUUAUAUUUCUACUUUAAGAUGGAAUCUUCUUACUACCAGUCCUGAAAGUAAGAUAUAUAUUUUUAUGUAGCAUGGUCCAAUAAUAAUGCGUCUUCGUCCAUCGUCUGGCUGUCAUGUGGAGUUGUGGGGGCAGCACUGAGGGACUGGCACACACUUCUCCAUGUCAACAGGCCAGCAUGAACACGGUCACGAUAAUCGAGCGGGGUUCGUGCUUGCAGCUUCGACAUCAUCCUUCCCAUGUGCAUUGUGACCCCAGAGCUUCCAGCGCAGGGUUUGAUGACAAUGCAUUGUACUUUCGAAUCUUCGAUGGUCAAGCAUCCGCCUUCUGCGAUAGCUGAUCGGCGAUUACUCCACUACACACGCUUUCCCCACGCACUGAACCAGCCUGUUGGGGCAGACUCACAGUGCGUAUACACCGUUCAUGGAAAGCGAACAUAUACUGAGUUUUGGUCUGGGAUAGAAGGAUAUGGAUCGAUAAGCUCGGUCGCUGACUGCCGAAGCCCAUGCUGGCCGGGCCAAGACUUCUCGUUCCCUCCAUCACUCUCUCCUUUUGGCUCACUGGUAAACGGGCGACUGCCAGUGUCCUCGAGGAAUGCCGCCUUCCCUUUUUGCGACACUAGCAUCGGUCCAGGUGAGAUUAAUAUCUCGGCUUGCAGCUGUCUGGCUGCCCCUCCUGGCUCGGGAGGGAUUCCCCCGCAGACGAUGGCCAACUGGGACGGAAAAAUUGUGACACCAGUCCUCGUAACGCCGUUUCUCUCGAAGAAAUAUUUAAGGCGUAAUGGGGACUCGAGGUUUUUUCUCGUCAAUCUUGUCUCCAGUGACGUGCAAAUUCCCAUACGCAUUCACCUUCCCAUCUCUUCCAAGCCCUUUGCUUGCUGGUGGAAAUCGCCGGGGUUAAUCAGCUGAUUCCCCCCAAGACUGUCGUAUUUGUCCACUCCGAGUCCGGGACUAGCAGGUCAUGGAUCUAACAGAAGCAUUUGUGGGCUCUAUUGACCAGGGCACUACCAGUACCCGGUUUCUGGUCUUUAAUCGUGAGGGAGAACCCGUCGCAUCACAUCAGGUCGAGUUUACGCAAAUAUACCCAAACCCAGGGUAAGUAGCAGUUCAUUCCCAGCUAUCUCCUUGCGACAUUGCGUACCAACGGGGUUGGCAGGUGGCAUGAACAUGACCCGCUUGAGCUUGUCU